AUGGACAAUAGUGGCCACCACACGGCGACCAAAAUCUUAGCGACUCCUCCGGCCAGAGAAAGCCUGUCUGCCAGGAGCAACAUGAUCAGCACGCCCAAGCCCCUCGCCUUCUCCAUUGAGCGGAUCAUGGCGCGGACGCCAGAGCCCCGCUCCAUCCCCGUCCCGCAGCUCCUCCACGGCUCCGUGGCCAAAGGCGACCCCAAGCACCCGCUGCACCUCAACUCCUCCAUCCCCUGCAUGAUCCCCUUUGUCCCGGUGGCGUACGACCCCCUGCCCAAAGCGGCGGUGGCCGGAGCGGAACCCAGGAAGGCUCAUUUAGACUCCUCAUCCUCACCCUCCUUUAGCUGCGGCGAUCUCUUGAACUGUGCCCUGAGCUUGAAAGGAGAUUUCCCCCGCGAUGCCCUGCCCUUGCAGCAGUACAAACUGGUAAGACCCCGAGUGGUCAAUCACUCCUCCUUCCACGCCAUGGGAGCCCUGUGCUAUUUCAACCGCGGCGACAGCCCUUGUCACCCGUCCUCCAGUGUCAACAUCCACCCGGUGGCUUCUUAUUUCCUCAGCUCUCCCCUGCACCCUCAGCCCAAGGCUUACCUGGCGGAGCGGAACAAGCUGGUGCUGCCGGCCGGCGACAAGUACCCGGCGGGGGUGGCCUUCAAGGACUUAUCGCAGGCUCAGCUGCAGCAUUACAUGAAAGAAAGUGCUCAGAUCCUCUCGGAAAAAAUCGCCUACAAGACCUCGGAGUUCAGUCGCGGCUCCCCGAGCAGCAAGCCCAAAGUUUUCACCUGUGAAGUUUGUGGAAAGGUAUUUAAUGCACAUUAUAACUUAACUCGCCAUAUGCCGGUGCACACGGGAGCCAGACCCUUUGUUUGCAAAGUUUGCGGGAAGGGCUUCAGACAGGCGAGCACUCUCUGCCGGCACAAGAUCAUCCACACCCAGGAAAAGCCACACAAGUGCAACCAGUGCGGCAAAGCCUUUAACCGCAGCUCGACCCUGAACACGCACACGCGAAUACACGCCGGCUACAAACCUUUUGUCUGUGAAUUUUGUGGCAAAGGAUUUCACCAGAAAGGCAACUACAAAAACCACAAGCUGACUCACAGCGGGGAGAAGCAGUUCAAGUGCAAUAUCUGCAACAAGGCUUUCCACCAGGUGUACAACCUGACCUUCCACAUGCACACCCACAACGACAAGAAGCCCUUCACCUGCCCCACCUGCGGCAAAGGUUUCUGCCGGAACUUUGACCUCAAGAAGCACGUCCGCAAGCUGCACGACAGCGCGCUGGGGCUGCCGCGGCCCCCGGCCGAGCUGGGGGGGCCCGAGGCUCCGGCCCCGCUGCUGCAGGCUCCGCCGCCGCCGCUGCAGCCCUAA